AUGAACGACUUGGUCGAGGGCCACAAGGCCCAUCUCCACCACAACAUCGCUGCCAAUUCGAGUUCCGAUGAGGAGAGCGUCGGUAGACAGAUCGAACUUGAGGCCGGGAACUCCAUCAAGUAUCGGACCUGCAGUUGGCAGAAGACCGCUGCACUGCUCUUCUCAGAGUACAUCUGUUUGGCCAUCAUGUCCUUCCCGUGGUCGUACUCCGUCCUGGGGCUGGUCCCCGGUUUGAUUUUGACGGUCUUCAUUGCGGCCACGGUCUUGUACACGUCGCUCGUGAUUUGGAAAUUCUGCUUGAGACAUCCGGAAAUUCGCGAUGUUUGUGACAUUGGGCAGGCCCUGUUUUGGGAUUCCAAGAUUGUCUGGUACUUGACCGCCAUCAUGUUCUUGUUGAACAACACCUUUAUCCAGGGCUUGCACUGCUUGGUCGGAGCCGAGUAUUUGAAUACAAUGACGAACCAUUCGACAUGUACCAUCGCCUUCUCCGCGAUCACCGCCAUCAUUGCCUUUGUCUUCUCUCUUCCGCGCACUUUCAGCGCGCUGGCUCGGUUGGCAACCUUCUCCGCUCUGUUCACCUUUAUUUCCGUCCUUCUGGCCACCAUCUUCUCCGCCAUCGAGGAGCACCCGGCCGGGUAUACCCCCGAACUGGGCGAGCCGGACUUUAGAGCCUUCCCUGUGAAAGGAACGACGUUUGUGAACGGGCUCAGUGCGUUUUUGAACAUCAGUUACACCUUCAUCGGCCAGAUCACGCUGCCGAGCUUCAUCGCAGAGAUGAAGGAGCCGAGGGACUUUUGGAAAUCCGUCACCGUGGUGACCAUCGCCGAAGUGAUUGUGUUCAGCCUCGUGGGCGCCAUCAUCUACGUCUACUCCGGGAACCAGUACAUCACCAGUCCUGCCUUUGGCUCUCUGGGUAAUGAGGUGUACAAGAAGGUCUCAUUCUCGUUCAUGAUCCCCACGCUGAUCUUCCUCGGCACGCUCUACGCCUCGGUUUCCGCGCGCUUCAUCUUCUUCCGGAUUUUUGAAGGCACCCGUCACAAGGGCAAUCACACCCUGGUCGGUUGGGCCACCUGGGUCGCAAUCCUGGCCGUGCUUUGGAUCCUGGCGUUCAUCAUCGCAGAGGUCAUUCCAUUCUUCUCCGAUCUCGAGUCGAUCAUGAGCUCUCUGUUCGACUCCUUCUUUGGCUUCAUCUUCUGGGGUGUCGCAUAUAUGCGCAUGAGACGCGCCGACUACGGUCCGAAUUUUUAUAAAGUCCGCGGCAUCCGUGGUUGGAUCGGCUUCCUGGUCAAUCUUGGUCUGAUCCUCAUGGGCUUAUUUUUGAUUGGACCUGGCACUUAUGCCUCUGUUGAUAGCGUUGUUCUGAGCUACCGGGACGGCUCUUUCGGAAAACCCUUCACAUGUGCCAACAAUGGAUUAUAA